CCAGGACCUGCACGGCCGCCGUCUGCGUGUCGACUUCUCCGUCACGAAGCGCCCGCACGAGCCGACGCCGGGCGAGUACCGCGGCAACCUGCGCGACGGCGACAUGCACGGCGGCUACCCGCCUCGCGGCCCGCCCGGCGGCUACGACCGCUACGGCGGCCCGCCGCGUGGUGACUACGGCCCGCCGCGCGGCUACGGCCCGCCGCCGGGAGGCUUCGACUCGCGCUACGGCCCGCCGCGCGGCUACGGUCCGCCGCCGCCGCGUGGUGAUGACUGGGGCCGCCCGGCGCCGCCGCGUGGCGGAGGCUGGGAGCGCGGACCGGGCGACUACAACCGCCCGCCGCCGCCGCGCCGCGAUGGCCCGGACUCGUCCGAGGACUGGCGCCGCCGUCCCAGCCCGCCGCGCAGACGCUCGCGCUCGCGCUCGCCGGCUCGCCGCUCGGUGCGCCGCGAGGACUCGCCGCCGCGCCGCCUGCGUGACGACGACGACGACUUCCGUGCGGCGCCGCGUCGCCACCGCGACAGCCCGCCGGACGCCCGUCAGGAGUCUCGCCCGCUGCGCGACUGAAGGCUGCGCCGCCUCGCGAUCUUACUCGCUUCCCAUUCAAGAAGCCUCGCGUGCCGCUCUCGUGUGAUCUUCCAAAUGGCCAAGCCUGAAGCACAAGCCU